AUUUUUCUAAAUUUUUUUCAUUUUUUCUUCCCGCCAGUUUCGGUUUCGGUGUUUCCGGACCGAACAGCUGAUUGUAUCAUAAACGUGAUAUUUCAAGCCGGAUUAAGAUCCAUAAUAUAUAUCCAAGAGAUAUUCAUGAAAUAAGAGAGAAAAGAAUUCUUUCUCUUGGAUUACUUACGGCCUGCAGAAUGAAAACGGUUACUGGCGACGAAAAAACUACCGUUUCUGAGGAUAAGAUUAGAAAAUCUUUACAUGAAUUGCAACCAUCAGCCACUAACAAAGAAACAUUAGUUGGUGCUGAUAGGAUGAUCAAAUCUCAACAAUUGAAAAAAACAAAAUCAAAAAGGAAUGUAUCUCAAAUAAAAGAUGGUUCUAAACAUAAAAAUGUAAAAACCAAAGAUAUAGCUGUCCAAACUAUACAAAAGGAGAAAGUACAGAUUGAAGUUGAAGAUUUAACAUGCACAGAUGCAGCUGGUCCGAGUGAAAAUUAUUGGCAAGUAAUAGCUGAAAGGCGUCGAAUAGCACUGAAAGAUACUUUAGAAAAAAAUGAGGAACUUGUACAAUGUGUUAAAAAGUUAGAAGAAGAAAAUCGUAUCUAUAAAGACAUGUUAAAUGAGACAAGGGCACUUGUUGAGGUGUUGCAGGAAAUGAUUGGAGAUGACAGAAAUGGCAUAAAUAAUUCAUUAGAAGAUAGUACCCUUUAACAUACAUAUCUAUUUUUUAAUAAAAAAAUAAAAAAGAACAAUGUAAAAAAAAUUAA